AAAACUGAUUGGGAAGUAGCCAUAAAGAGUAUUAACAAAAAGAACUUGUCAAAGUCACAAAUCCUACUUGGAAAAGAAAUAAAAAUCUUAAAGGAACUUCAGCAUGAGAACAUUGUAGCUCUCUAUGAUGUCCAGGAAAUGCCCAAUUCUGUCUUUUUGGUAAUGGAGUAUUGCAAUGGUGGGGAUUUGGCAGAUUACUUACAAGCUAAAGGAACUCUUAGUGAAGAUACCAUCCGAGUGUUCCUCCAGCAGAUUGCAGCAGCUAUGCGUAUUCUGCACAGUAAAGGAAUCAUUCAUAGGGAUCUUAAACCACAGAAUAUUUUGUUGUCUUACGCCAGUCGUAGGAAGUCAAGUGUCAGUGGCAUACGUAUCAAAAUAGCUGACUUUGGUUUUGCUCGUUACCUGCAUAGCAACAUGAUGGCUGCAACUCUGUGUGGUUCCCCUAUGUAUAUGGCCCCUGAAGUGAUUAUGUCUCAACACUAUGAUGCUAAAGCAGACCUGUGGAGCAUAGGAACUGUGAUUUAUCAGUGUCUUGUUGGAAAACCACCUUUUCAGGCCAAUAGUCCUCAAGAUUUGAGAAUGUUUUAUGAAAAGAACAGGAAUUUGAUUCCUAGUAUUCCUAGGGAAACAUCAGCUUAUCUGGCUGACCUGCUGCUGGGUUUGCUUCAGAGAAACCAAAAAGAUAGAAUGGACUUUGAAGCAUUUUUCAACCACCCUUUCCUGGAUCAGAUUUCAACAGUCAAAAAGUCUUGUCCUGUACCAGUGCCCACGUAUGCAGGCUCAGUCUCUGGCAGUUCCUGUGGUAGCUCUCCUUCAUGCCGUUUUGCUUCUCCUCCAUCUCUGCCAGACAUGCAGCAUAUUCAAGAAGAAAAUUUGUCUUCCCCUCCACUGGGUCCUCCUAACUAUCUUCAAGUCUCUAAAGACUCUGCCAGUACCAGUAGCAAGAACUCCUCUUGUGACACAGACGACUUUGUUCUUGUCCCACACAAUAUCUCUUCGGACCACUCAUAUGAUACGCCAUUGGGAGCAGCUGGCAGGCGGGCUUCAAGCGAGUUCUUGAUGUGUGGAGGGCAGUCGCCUUUAACUAUUUCUGGAAGCUCAGGAACUGUACAGAAACCAUCCUCAGCCUCUUCUCGAAGUACUGCUUCUGGUACAGCUAACAGGCAUUGUCAGCCUUCAGUAUCCCCCCGCAGCGAAACGGCACCUAUCCCGGUUCCCACUCAGCUACGGAAUUACCAGCGCAUAGAACAGAACCUCUCCUCUACUGCCAGCCCCGUGUCAAACCCCCACGGAUCACCAAGAGCUGGAGUUGUGAGACGCUCAAAUACUAGCCCAAUGGGCUUCAUGAAGAUGGGCUCCUGUUCUCCAGUACCAGCUGACACUGCACAGGGUAUUGGGCGCAGGUUAUCCACAGGAUCUUCUAGACCGUAUUCUCCUUCACCACUAGUUGGAACCAUACCUGAGCAGCUUGGACACUGUUGUUGCGGACAACUUCAAGGACAUGAAUCAAGGAGUAGAAACUUCUCAGGUUCUCCAAUACCGCCGUCUCAGUCUCCACAGUCACUUUUGAUGGGAGCGAGGUUGCAGAGUGCUCCUACUCUCACAGAUAUUUACCAAAACAAGCAGAAGCUCAGAAAGCAGCAUUCAGACCCAGUAUGCCCAUCUUAUGCUGGGUAUGGAUAUAGUCAUUCUCCACAACCAAGUAGGCCAGGUAGCCUGGGAACAUCACCCACCAAACAUAUGGGAUCAUCUCCAAGGAGUUCAGACUGGCUGUUCAAAACUCCGUUACCAACAAUCAUUGGCUCUCCUACUAAGGCAACAGCUCCUUUCAAAAUACCUAAAACUCAAGCAUCCUCAAACUUGCUGGCCCUGGCUAAUCGCCAGGGCUCGGUAGAUACCCCGUUGCAACCUAAAGACAUCACUGACCCACGGGAUUUCACGCACUUCCACUCCACCCAAGGAGGUGAAAAGCAGGCAGGAGAACAGCACAGUAAAACUACAUUCGGCAGGUCUGUUAGUACUGGGAAGCUAUCGGAUCAACAGGUAAAGACUGCCCUUGGUGGCCAGUUGUAUCAAGGCAGUACAGACAGCCUCAAUACAGAGCGACCAAUGGAUACAGCUCCAGCAGGGGCCUAUGGAAUUGCAAUGGCACCUCCUUCCAUGGGAAGCGGGGCAAGUUCUCGGGCUGUCAUGUUUACUGUUGGGUCCCCUCCAAGCAGUGCCACCCCUCCUACCUGCACCCAUAUGGUCCUUAGAACAAGAACCACCUCAGUUGGAUCAAACAGUUCUGGAGGGUCUCUCUGCUCCACUAGUGGCCGUGUAUAUAUGGGCUCUCCUCCUGGUAUUUAUAUGGGUUCUUCUCCUCCGGGAGCCGAGGCAGCUCCAAGUCUGAAGUACAUGCCUUAUGGUACUUCGCCUCCCAGCUUAGAGGGCUUUAUCACUUUUGAAGCUCCUGAAUUGCCUGAGGAAACUUUAAUGGAGAGAGAACAUACAGAUACACUGCGUCAUCUAAACAUGAUGCUGACAUUUACAGAAUGUGUUCUGGAUCUGACAGCAGUACGAGGAGGAAACCCAGACCUGUGUACUUCUGCAGUAUCGCUGUACCAAAUCCAAGAGAGCGUAGUUGUUGAUCAGAUCAGCCAGCUAAGCAAAGAAUGGGGACAAGUAGAGCAGCUGGUGUUGUAUAUGAAAGCCGCCCAGUUACUAGCAUCUUCUCUGCAUCUUGCCAAAGCACAGGUCAAAUCGGGGAAAUUGAACCCAUCCACUGCUGUUAAGCAAGUUGUGAAAAGCCUCAAUGAGAGAUACAAAUUCUGUAUCGGCAUGUGCAAGAAAUUGACAGAAAAGUUGAAUCGUUUCUUUUCAGACAAGCAAAGGUUCAUUGAUGAAAUCAACAGUGUAACCGCAGAGAAACUCAUCUACAGUUGUGCUGUAGAAAUGGUUCAGUCAGCAGCUCUGGAUGAGAUGUUCCAGCAAACUGAAGAUAUUACAUAUCGAUACCACAAAGCAGCCUUGCUGCUGGAAGGACUGACUAAAAUACUGCAAGACCCUGCAGAUAUAGAAAAUGUACACAAGUAUAAAUCUAGCAUUGAGCGAAGGCUUUCCGCACUUUGCUAUAGCACAGUGGCUGUAUAUGAGCAGUAGGAAUAUCCCGAGGACCAGAUGGUGUGAACAUAAGGGACCACAUCAGUGAUACUGCACUUUUUUCACUACAGCUUGUUGUCCUUGUUCUGCCCCACAUGGAAGACGAUUCUUACAUUUCUGUGGUGACUACCAAAGAAACAGCAGCAUAUUCAAAGAGGAGAAAUUCCAAAAGUACACUUGCCUUACUGAUCCAGCAGCUCCUUUUUCUUCCUAGCAACAGAAUUUAAAAGAAUCUCUCUUCACAUUUCAAACUGAUCCUUGUUGUGUGCUUUGAACUUGAAUGAUCAGGGUUAGGGUUUUUUUUUUCCUCAUGAGGUUUAUGGAGAGUGGAUCCUUCUGCAUCAGGUACAAAAAGACAUUUCCCUCAGAAGACUCCCUCAAAAGUUUGUGAAAAAUAUUUUUAAGUUGUCAGUAAAAUGUGGUGGAGUGAAUUUGGGAAGCCCUAACCAUGUGCAAGUGCUGUUCAAAGCUUUCGGGGCAAAGCUGGCUUGUAUCGGAGCUCACGUGUUGUAAACGUGGCUCAGCUUGUCACACGAAGGGAUGGUGAGCACGCGCUCUUUGACACGGGGGAAAGGAUGGUAAUGGAAGACAUUGCGCUCCAUCUGUGCAAAUUCCCCAGUAGGUU